UUUGUGGUUCUAAUAGGUGUAGUAGGAAGAAGAUGAAUGAAGGUGAGAAACCCUAGUGAAACUAACUAGUUUAUCAACUAUAAACAAAGAAGAAGAAGAAGAAGAAGAAGAAGAAGAUAAACGGCGGUUGUGCAAUAGCUCUCUCUAUAAACACCAAAAAAAGAAAAAAGAAAAAGGUGCACGCCUUAUUUUCUUUCUCCUCACUUUCUCUUUUAUCUCCUUCAUCUCAUCAACAAGCCAAUGAAAAAAAGAAAAGAAAAGAAAGAAAAUGAAGCCAGUAACAAGAAGAGUAAUUUCAUCACAUCCCAUAUCACUAUCAAAAGCCGCCCGAGUCCUUUCUCGAUUCGUGUCCACCAACACCUCUUCAUCCAUGUCUUCCCAUGCCCUUUCUGCCUAUUUGAAACGCUCUUCCUCUUCCUUCAACGAGCUACUCCAAUUCCACAGGGACCUCAAAUCCUUCCAAUUCCCCUCCAAGAGCCACAACGGUAACAAACAGACCCUUCCUGAGACGGUCCAUCUCGGAGCUAGUCCAACAGCUGCUGCUUCACCUCCACGAGGUGACGGGAUUCCGGAUUCUUUUCAUGGAGGAAGGAAGAGAGAGUGGAAGAUGGGGAGGGAUGAGAGAGAAGGAGGAGGGAGUGGUGCAGAUGUUUGUGUCGAUGAUAUGUAUGAGAGGAGUGAAAUAAAGAAGAGGAAAAAUGUUGAGGCCGGAGACGGAUUGGAUAAUGGUAAUGAAGAUUCUUCCGGGGCAAAGAGGAAGAAGAAAAAGAAGAGGAAGGAUUAGUUGUUAGUGAUGAUGAAUUCGAUGAUGCUGACUCUCUUUUUAAGUGUUUAACAACUUCAAUUAUUGAUCAAAAGAUCUUCUAGUUCUUGAAUUGCCAGAGCAGGCUUUUUUUUAAAGGAAUUUGUGUCGAAGAUUAUUUUUUGGGGCUACUUUUUUUCAUGGGAAGCCUUUUCUUAGAUUCUAUUGUGUAACUUCAAAGAAAUGGUAUUCAUACCUUCAGUGGCAAUGGGAAUUGUAAUAUUCAUUUUUGAAUCGCAGUUUUAUGGUGUUGAUCUUGUAGUCCGCUCACAAGCAUCAAAUAUUUUUAUUUCUUAUUGUUGUUUCAUUUCUCUUCAGAUAUGUUGGGAAUGCAAAGUGAAGCUAUUAUUGUGAUG